UGGCAGACAAAAAAUUAAAAUUUUAUAAUGUUAGACAAAAAAUCCAGUGAUAAAUAUAAAAUUUUCUACAAUAUUUCUUGUAGUUUUAAAUAUUUUAACGAGAUAAAAUAAAAAUAUUUGGUUUAAAGUAAAUAAUAAGUUGAAUACAGUAUAACUAAAUAAGUUUAAGUGAAAUUUGUACGCUAGCUAUAUAUACUAUAGCUGAUCUAUAUCUGUUUAUAUAAAUAAGAAUGAAUUCUGAGCAUUCUACUGAAGCUGGCACAAGUUUAGAAACGCGACAACAAUUACAAAGACAUUCACCACCACAUCAAUUAACAAACCGCCAUGAAAAUCAAACAAAUGAAUUAGGAAAAUACUGGGUCGUUACAAAUUUGGUGUCAGGAUCUAAUUCAAGCCAAAAUAAUUAUGGUUCUUCUCCAGUUACUACAACAGUUUCUACUUUACCACCUCCUAUAUCUUCAACGCACUCUUCAAAAUCUAGUAGCGUUAUAAAAUCCGAUAUGAUAAAACAAGAAGAUGUGCGUCAUACUCCAGUUUCUUCAAUAAACAAUGGCACAAAUCCAAUGCAGCUAACAAAUUCCAUAAUGCAUACCUCAAACAAUUCUCAUCAAUUAGCAAAUGGGACAAUAAUUACAGCAAACAACUCUUCACAACAACUUCAUCAUCAUCCUGUUCAAAUUAAUCCGGAAGUUGUCAUAAUGGAACACGCGUCAGUUGAAAAAUCAGUUGAAUCAAACAAUGGAGGAAGUAAAAUUGGAGACAUCAGAUCUGCGCAUAAUAUAAAUCAUAAUAAUGAACAACAGAAUCUGUCCAUUGAAAGGCAUAUACCAAAUUCUAUUAUAGAUUCUAUAAAGCAAGAAAAAAUGUAUACGAAUAUUAAACCGGUAACUACGGGUAUCGAUACCCGACCUCAAGCUUUAAAUAUUGAUAGCAAAGCUAAUGUUCAACAUUUAAUUGAAGCCAGAAAUUCGGAGGGUCAGUUAAUUAAAGUGCAACCACCAGAACAUGAAAUAGGAAAACAACCACUAGGCGUUGAAAUGUACAAAGUAAAUAUAGAAGAUUUAAGUCAAUUUUUGUCAUAUCACGAGGUGUUUGGUAAGAUUCAUGGUGAUGUAAUAUCUCAUCCAACGCCUCAAUUGUCAACUAGCCAUCACCAAGGAAAUGCUUCUGAAAAUAAUAAUCAAAAUAUUCAACAAGUUCUCUCAAUUCCCACAACGUCAGUUUCUAAUGUUAACACAACCAACCCCAAUGAAUUAAUAAUGCCUAAAAUGGAAAAUCAAAUUUCAGGCCAAAAUACAACCAAUUUUGUAGGUUUGGAAGGAAAUGCUAACGGAACCACACAUACGUGUGAUAUUUGCGGUAAAAUGUUUCAAUUUCGUUAUCAAUUGAUAGUCCACCGGCGAUAUCACAACGAACGCAAACCAUUUAACUGUCAAGUUUGUGGUCAAGGAUUCCAAACGUCCCAGGAUUUGACACAACAUGGAAAAAUUCAUGCUAAUUGUCCGAUGUUUACUUGUAAUGUUUGUUUUCAUGUUUUUGCGAAUGCACCUAGUCUUGAACGCCAUAUGAAAAGACAUUCUACAGAUAAACCUUUCGCAUGUACAAUUUGUCAAAAAACUUUCGCCCGCAAAGAGCAUUUGGAUAAUCACUUCCGAAGUCACACUGGCGAAACUCCAUUCAGAUGUCAGUAUUGUGCUAAAAGUUUCACAAGGAAGGAACAUAUGGUGAAUCACGUAAGAAAGCAUACUGGUGAGACACCACAUCGUUGCGAUAUUUGUAAGAAAUUCUUCACAAGAAAAGAACAUUAUGUGAAUCAUUGCAUGUGGCACACUGGAGAGACUCCGCAUCAGUGUGAGCUUUGUGGGAAGAAGUAUACUAGGAAAGAACAUUUGGCAAAUCAUAUGAGAUCUCAUACUAACGAGACUCCUUUUCGUUGCGAGAUAUGUAAAAAAGCUUUUUCCCGUAAAGAACAUUUUACUAACCACAUUUUGUGGCAUACGGGUGAAACACCUCAUCGCUGUGAUUUUUGUCAAAAAACUUUUACUCGAAAAGAACAUUUGUUAAAUCAUGUUCGACAACAUACUGGUGAAUCUCCCCAUCGAUGCACGUAUUGUAUGAAGACUUUUACUCGUAAAGAACAUUUAGUGAAUCAUGUUCGACAACAUACUGGUGAAACUCCUUUCAAAUGUACUUAUUGUACAAAGGCUUUUACGCGCAAAGAUCAUAUGGUUAAUCAUAUCAGGCAGCAUACAGGUGAAUCACCGCAUAAAUGUACAUAUUGUACAAAAACUUUUACUAGAAAAGAACAUUUGACAAAUCAUGUUCGUCAACAUACAGGGGAAUCUCCACAUAAAUGUACGUAUUGCAAGAAAACCUUUACAAGAAAAGAACAUUUAACUAAUCAUGUGAGAUUACAUACUGGUGAUUCGCCGCAUAAAUGUGAGUACUGUCAAAAAACUUUUACCCGUAAAGAACAUCUGAAUAAUCAUAUGAGACAACAUUCAAGUGAUAAUCCUCAUUGUUGUAAUGUUUGUAAUAAACCGUUUACAAGAAAAGAGCAUUUAAUAAAUCACAUGUCACGAUGCCAUACUGGAGAUCGCCCAUAUGCUUGUGAAACAUGCGGGAAAUCUUUUCCUCUAAAAGGAAAUUUAUUAUUUCAUCAGAGAAGUCAUACUAAAGGUCAGGAUCAGGAGCGUCCUUUCAAAUGUGACAAAUGUCCAAAGGACUUUAUAUGUAAGGGCCACUUAGUGUCACAUAUGCGAUCACAUUCUGGUGAGAAACCCCAUAAAUGUACCUUAUGCUCAAAAAGUUUUGUUGAGAAGGGCAACUUAAAACGUCAUAUGAAAAUAAAUCAUCCGAAUGCUAUAUUGACCCCAACCGGUAUUGUUACGACUAUAAAAACUGAAAAUAUGGUAAAUACAACAACGACAACCUCAACAACAACAACUAAACCACAGUAUCUUAAUGAAAGAAUUCCGACCUUAAAUAAAACAAAUAUAUUACCAGUGAAUAGUCUCAUAAAUUCGCAUACCAUGCAUACAAUUCAGCAAAUAACUUCAAAUACACAAAAUAAUAGUGGUAGUUCCAAUGCAAAUAAUCAGCAAGUUAUUCCAAUGGAUACGGCAGUCGCAGCACCGCCUUCACAUACUGGACAACCAGAACGUUUGCAGCAAGAAACAACACAGCAACAGCAGCAACAACAAUCAACACAUUUGCAACAAUCAUCACAACAACAUCAGCAGCAUCCUCCACCUCAGGUUCAUCAGCAUUCUAAACAACAGCAACAACCAUUACCUCAUAUACAUCAAAAUCAUCAACAAAUUCCUCAUAUUCAACAAAAUCAACAACGUCACCUUCAACCACCUCAAAAUCAAGAAAAUGCAAAUGAUCAACAACAAUCUAUUGGAAUAAUUCAAACAAAUGCAGAUAAUUCAAAUCGAAAUCAAUUGCAACAAAUACACCAUAUUGCUUCCAAUGAACAAAAUCCAGUUGGUUAUUAAAACAAAACUUUAAUUUUUAAAAUCAAGCAAUAAAAAAUUUUGGUACUUCUAAAUACUGCGACAAAAAAGAAAGAAGAUAAUCGAUUAGAAAAUUGACUUUAUCACAUAUAUUAAUAAUUGUAUUCAAAUUUUUAAGUUUAGUAUAAACAUAUAAUAUGUUAAUUAUAUUUGUAUGCAUAUAUAUUAUUAAUUUUGGAAACCAAUGAAUGCAUUUCUAAGUAUUAUGUUUGUCAUGGUAAGCAUGUUUUUAUAUUGUAAAAUUUUAAAUAUUUGUGGACAAAAAAACUUAUUUUUAAGGUAUUAUACGUCAUCACUGUAUUCUUGUUUAGUUUUAUAUUUACACUUUUAUAUACAUACUUAUAUAUGAAGUUAGUUAUUUACACAUAUUAAGAGAUUAAAAACCGGAGAUAAAUAUUUAUUAAUAAUUUAUGUCUCUUUGUUUAUCUCUGCAAAUGGAGCUGAGCUCAAAAAAGUAGUCUUGAUUGUGAUUCAAUUGGUUUUUAUGGAAAAAAUUAUCCACGAUUAUGUUCCUGAUUUUUUCUCACUCAAAAAUUAUGAAAAUACAAACUCAAAUUUUAAACUACAAAACUUCCAAGUAAAGUAAUUUAAGUAAAAGUUUUUACCAGUGUUUUGAAACGCCAAUUAUUAAUAGUAAAAUACAUAUUUCUUUUAUCCAAAAUAAUGGCGAAUCUUCUACUUGUAUAUUAUGUAAAAUCCAUUUGGUUAAUUUACAUAUGUAUAUAUUAUUUAUAAAUAUGCACGCUUUUUUUGAAGUUAUAUAAUUGCAUAGAAUGGAUAAUAUUUUUCUAAUUGAAUAUGCUGAGUUUUAUAGUUUUUUAGAUAAUUUCAUUUAAUCUAAGAAUUAUUGAGAUAAAUGUUUCAAAUAAAAAAAAAACAAAUAGUCUUUCAAUAAUGACCUUAAAAGAACUUAUUUGAUUACUUUUAGUUUUAUAGUAUUCUUCAAAAAUAUUAAUGUUUAAAAUUUACAUUAACCACAUGUAUUAUUUGUACCAUAUUUUAUACAUUAUUAAUUAAUAGGGAAAAUAUGGGACAUAUUUUCUUCAAGGAAAUAAUACCUACAUAUAUGAAUAAUAUGAACCAUAUGUGACUGUGUAAAUUAAAAAAUAUAUAUGCUGUAAUUUAAAAUUUGUAUUCCGGAAACAUAUUUUAAAACAAAUAGUCGUUAAAAGUGCAAUACAAGACAAAAUUGUAGUUAUAUUUCGUAUAUGUCUGUUACAAAAACUUAAUGUAUAAGAUGCUUACGAGAGUAGUUUAAAAAAUAUUUGUAGUAUAUAAUUUGUUUUUUAUGAUUCGUAUUCGAAAUUUUGAAAUUUUUUUAAAGAAAUCGAGUUUUUUUUUGUAUUCCUAAUUCAACUUAAAUUAUUUUCUCUGUUAUUAUUUAAAACGCAGAAUUAGUAAGGAAAUAAAACUAAAAUUUUAUUAUUAAAAUAGAAACCUUACAGAAAACAAACAAAUAUAAUAAUUUGUGAUUAGAUGGAAAUUAAUAAGACAAAAUAAAAAAUAUCAGAUCUUAUAAUAUAAAAUAAACAAAAAUACUUACUUAAGUUUAAAUUAUGAACUUAUGUGGGUGUUAAUCGAAAGUUAAAACUAUGUCUAAAAGUAAUAAUUCAAGAUAUCGAAUUUCUUUUGCAAGAAAUUCGAAUGCGCUAUUUGAAUUUACUUCAUUAUAAAAAAUUAAUUAAUACUUUUUAAAACUUUGUAAUAAAUAAAUUUAGAGUACAAAUUCUUAUAUUUACCGUUUACUUAACCCAGUGAUGUUAUCUAACAUAAUAAUACACAUAACAAAUAACCCGGCAUAAUAUUUGCGUUUGAGAGUUUGUGCAAUUGCACAUAAAGAAGAAAUUGUAAAGUUUUUUUUUUUGUAAACCGAAGUGAAAUAAACAAAACGGAAAAUUGUGGCAAAAAGCCAAAAACCAAAUUAUAAAAUUUUUUAAAAUCUAAAAGACUACACUAUAAUUUUUUGUUUGGCUUUAGGAAUAAAAAUAUAAACCCAUGGGUUCAGAUUUGCUUAAGGUACAAAUACAAAUUAAAUGUAAUAAAAUUUAUUUAAAAUUAAGUUAUAAAAUUAAUAACUCUUUAAAAAUAUUUGCCAAUUUUUUAUCGUUUUUUAAUUGUGUAAAACUUUCUUAUUAUAAAAGUCUAAUUUUUUUAUUAAAUUUAUAAAACAAGCUCUUUUCGUUUUAUUUUCCAUAUUAACCAAUUUUGGAAUACACAAUAAACCAACAUUAAUGUAUAU